GUUGUAGCAUCACAGUCGUUAAACAGCAGAGAUCACGCCAAAACAGCGAAGACGCCGAAGAAAGUAGCAUUCGCAAAGUGAAUUAAGACGCAUUAGUAAACAUUUCGUAAAUUCGCGAUCGUGUGAUUAUAAUUUCGUUAAAAAAUAAACACAAAGUAAAUAAACAAUAAUGCCAAACAACAACAACAAACAACGCAACACUUUCACCUUUGUCAGCUUGCUGCUGCUCCAAAUGGCCGCGGCGCAGCGUCCCUCCUUUGCGGGCAUACGGCCACCGGGUCUCAAUCAGAAGGACAAAUACAACAUGAACAACAACGUCAACAAUAAUAACAACAACAGCAACGUGGAUAUUGGCAAUCGCUUUGGACAACCAGAUGAGCCACCAGCACUGGCGUUUGGUGCCACACAAAAGCCACCAGCGAGUUACAUACCAAUAGUAUUCCCCGAGUCCAACUAUCUGCAAUUGGCCACGCCAACCGCACGACCUGUAGCCGAUGGUAUUGCGAAUCGUUUUGGCAGCGGCGAUGCUGAUAAUGUGCAACCAAAUAUAAAUACAGUAAACAGCGCGGCCGCCAGACCCACCAAUGCUGGCGCGCCUGUGGUCGGUAGUGCGCCCAAUCGCUUGCCAAUCGACGCGAAAGACGAUAGAGAGCUGGUGGCCAUACUUAAUCGCUUGCCCGAGGAUCAAAGGCCUUUCUGGUUCAUCAACGCCGCGGCGAUCGAAGCGCAAAGAAACGGUUCAUUCGCGAAUUUCGCCGGCGCCAUCAACUCGCGGGGCAGCUUCUUCGGCUAAAGUGUUAGCCAAUUACAUACACAAACGCAUCCACACAUGGAUUCGCUCGCCUGCGCAUUUCUAACAUUUAAGUUUAAGCUUUUAGUAUUUAUUAUUUAUUAUUUGUAUUUUAUAUAUUUUCAAAUAUGUUGAAGUUAGUCAUAACCGAUUCCAUAACUUUAUCCAUAACCGAAAUAUUGUACUGCUUGCCAGCCUGCGCUGUUCGAGUAUGAAAAUUGCAUUAUUCUUAUGUUAAGUAUACACCAUUUGGCAUAUAGCUAUAUAUGUACACAAAGUAUAUACAUGCAUGUACAUAUGUAUUUCAGUAGCACAAAUUACUUGCCAAAGCAAUUGUUUUUGAGCGAGCCAUACUUGCCUUUGUUCGAAACGUAAAUUCUCAUGUCACAAAAAAGUGCUAAAGCAAUCACAAAAGCAUCACUGAGCAAAAAGUUGUAAACAACAAUAAAAAUAACCCAAAAAGUGGGAUUUGCAAUAACAA